AUGAAGACCAUCGAGGAGGAGAAGACAGCUCUGAAACGACGCCUCGAAGAGCUGGAAGCGGCCGCGAAAGGGCCAACAACAGAAGAGAUGCUGGCGAUGGUCGAAGCGAGGGUCCAAGCCCGAAUGGAAUCGAUCCUAAUGGGCCCAACGCAACGACCGCCGCUGGCACACGAGAAGAGCCACUCCCGGGGAUGUCCAACUCCCAGUGAGCGAUGGGUAUGUUGGUUAGGAACCCACGCCAAGCCGAGGAAGGAGAAAGGAAAGGGAGGGAAAAAGACAGCCCAGCCCGCUCAGGCUCCCGCUCCUGCCCCCACUAUCCCCGCUCCCAUUGCUGGGCCUUCCAGCGCUCCGCCGCAAGCCGUAGCGGGCCCUUCUACAGCGGCGGCGUCGACACCCGCGAUGGCGCCAGCAAGCGAGAAGACGAGAAGAGCGCCGCGCCUGCAAAGCCGGCACCAGGCUCCAAGCCGAAGAAGGGCGGAAGAAAGAGCCGGCAGUUCAACCCGCGCCGGAGCCCCGUCCGCUGCCGCCGGCCCUGACUCAAUGGAGACGCCAUGGGUCGAGGUGGCCAGAAGGAAAGAAAAAGGGGAAGACGACAGCAGCGCCAACAACAACGCAGCGCAGCCGCCAAAACCUCUUCGCGCCGAAAGGAACCCAAACUGCGACCGCCACGAUCUGCGGCCGUGGUAA